AGAUUUUCCACUCUCCUGUGCAGUAGUAGUGGUACUACUAGUAGUUUCUGACAUGCUUGUAGUUUCUGACAUGCUCGCUAAAGCGGCCGUUACCUCGCGAUCGUGACUGGCUCUGCGUAAUGCGUGUUUCCGAAGCUGACUUGCUUGUUGAAGUGCCAGUGACAGCAGUGUAACCAGCCAGUUGCAUGUUACGAGCGUUUCAAAUACUCACCGUGAAGUACCAGUGCGGUGUAACCAACUCCUUGCGAAUAGCGACGUAGCUUCAGCCUUUCAGGCAAACUCUCUUGAAAGGCAUGCGUUGUUGGGGAAAUCUGUAAUCUGAUAGCCGCCGUUCGCCGAUUUCGCCAGAGUAGGACAGUCGCGCAAGACCGAAGGAAAGGUUACGAAGCAGUCGCGAGUACCUUCCCUGCUCCGGCCAUUCUUCUACAGCUAUUGCCUUCUCGAACCUAGCCCAUGUGCCUUGUGACAUCUGUGCAGUUUCUGUUCUGGGUUCGUCAUCGCGCUCCCUGCGUUUACCGUCUGGCUAAGCUGUUGCCUUGUCGAAUCUAGUCGCCGCGAAGUACGCGACUUCGGGAAAGAGGCGGUUAUCGAGGCGACGCACUAGCAAAAUCUCGUCGCCUUUAAGCGCGGGACUUCGGCGUGACCUCGAAAAGUCGGUUAUUGAGGCAGUUCACUAGCAGAAUCUAGUCGCUUUUAAGCGUGGGACCUCGAUCAAGACAGCCGGUUCUUGAGGAGGUUCACUACUACCACCAUCUGGUCGCCGUUACGUGCAGACUCAGUGACAGUCGGUCGCAAUGGCGGGGUGGCUACGAGCUGCUGAAGAGCUGCUAGAAGCGGUGGAUCGCACAGUGGGUGUGGCAGCACGGAGUGAUGAUUCCACUCCGCCUGCUGCAAUUUCUGCCUCCGCUGCUGCCGCAGCAUCUUUGGAGGAGCAGCUCGCAGCACUGGAGCCUGUGGGACUGCGCAAGUCAUCGACAACAAAAGAGAAGGCUAAGCUAGACAAAUCGAGAUCCAAAGCAGCCUCCAGUAGAGCCACUAACGGGGCAGCUCUUAAAGGGUCCAUCAGCGCACCUUCCCUGGACGAGCCUGGAAGCUCCUCGGAAACAGAGGGAAGGGCAGCAGGAGCAGCAGGCACAGCAGGAGUUAGAGGGGGUAAGGUUGCGGGGGGUGGCAGGAGGAAGAAAGUUGAGGCUAGCUCUAGUGGAGGGUCGAGUGGUGGGGGAUCAACCGGAGGAGGGCCAACUGGUGGGGGAUCAGCUGCUGGAGGGUCGACUGGUGGGAGCUUGGUUGGGGGAGGAUCAACUGGUGGAGGGUCAACUGGCGGGGGGUCAGCUGGUGGAGGGUCAACUGGUGGGGGGUCAACUGUGUUGCUUGCCGCUGCUGAUGCUGCUGUGCUUCCAGCUGCAAUAGCUGCAAGAGCGACCGGCACAGCUGCAGGAGACAAGGUGGCAGGAGCUGCAGCAGCAACAGAGGAAGAAGCAGCAGCAGGAACAGGGAAUGUGGCAGAAAAUGGUGACUUGAGGGCUGAUGCUACUGCCACUGCUGCUGUUGCCACUGCUGGAGCUGCCGUGCCUGAUUCAUGUGGUUCGGACGCAGGUUUGGAAGGUGGUCUGGGGGCAGAGUCAGGGAUAGGCUCGGAUGCUGUGGAUGUAGGCAGCGGGGUUGCAGCAGCAGGAGGGAGCGAACGAGGGAGUGAGAGGAGUGAGAGAGGGAGUGAGAGAGGGAGUGAGAGAGGGAGUGAGAGAGGGAGUGAGAGAGGGAGUGAAACGGGUGUGCUGGAUGGGGCUGCUGAGGGGGAGAAGAGAGGCGCGGAUGUGAGUGAGAACGUAGAGGGGGAGUUCCAGGGAGCGUCUACAGGGGCAGCAGAAGUCGGGGUGCUUAUAAGGGGGGGUGACUCAACUGCAGGUUCAGAAGCAGGUGCAGAGGCGGGGGGUGCGAGGGGAGGAGGCGAGAGCAGGGAAAGAGACGCCGGGGGAGAUGAGGGAGGAGGGGAAGGGCGCGAGGGGGGGGAGAAGAAGGGAGGAAGGGGAAGAGGAGGCGGAGGGGAGGAGGAGGAAGAGGAGGAGGAAGGGGAGGAGAGGGAUAGGAAGACGAGGGAGAAAGUGGCGAAGGCGUCAGAGACUCAAAGGGACCUAGAAGAGGCCAAGGGGCUUCUUCGGUCCACCACAGGCAUUGGCUUAACCAAGGAGGCCAGGCUGGCACGGAUCUGCGCCCAGCUGUCAGUGCGGCUGCAGGAGUACAAGGCGGAGAACGAGCAGCUGGAGGAGCUGCUGCACGAGGAGAGGAACAACCGGGGGUCAGUGGAUAGUGUGGUGCGAGCCCUGCAGCAGCAGCUGGCGAGCGCACGGGCAGAAGCGGUGGCAGCAGAGGCGGCAGUGGCAGCCGGCAUGGAGGCGAAGAACCGCGAGAUUGAGUCCUUAUGUGGGGCGCUGGAGAGUGCUGAGAGGCAGUCUGCUGCCCUUGAAGCCAGACUCGCCUCCCUGCAGGCGAGCUCAGAGGCCCUGUCCAAGAACCGGGACACCACAGAGGCGCGCAUGAUCCAGGCUUUAAGGGAGGAGCUGGGUGCUGCAGAGAGGCGGUGCGACGAUGAGAAUGCUGCCCAUCUCGCCACGCGGCAGGCAGCAGCAGCGCGCGAGCUGGAGUUGGAGCAGCAGGUGUCGGAAGGGGUGGCUGCGCUGUCGCGCAUGCAGAGGAUGGUGGAGGAGCGAUCGCAGCGAGUCUCCUCCUUGGAAGAAAAAAUAUCGGUGCUUGAGAUGGAGUGCAGCAGUCUCAACGGUGAGCUACAAGCGCACGAGGAUAAGGCAAAGAGGGACCUCAAACGACCAGUCACAGCAGACGACCCCUCCACGCUCGCCCAGGUGCAGGCAUGGAAGGAGGAGUCAGAGCGCGCGAGGCAGCUGCUUCGAGACGCAGAGGGCAAACUGGCAAGCAGUGAGGCAGAGGUGCAGAAGCUGAGAGUGGAGGUGGAGGCACACAAGAGGGAUGCAGAUUCAUCCUCGUUACAGGCCAAUGCAGAGAUGGAGAAGCGGUUCAGGGAACUGACAGAUCUGCUGUGCCUGAAACAGAGCCAACUGGAAACUAUGACCAGCGAGAGGCAAGCGGCUCUGCUGCAACUCGAGAAGGAAAGAAGAGAGCUAAAGCUGACUAAGGCGCAGGUGGAGAGGGACAGAGCAGCGCGCAGGUCGAUGCUGGUGGCGGGUGAAGAGGAGGACAGCGAGAUGCAGCCGCUGGAGGCCGUUGGCUUGCCUAACCGACGCUUCAUUGGCAAGCGAAUCCAGCAAGCAGCCAAGCUCAUAGAUCAUGGCACAGUGACUGCCGGCCGAUUCUUCUGGCGCCGCCCACUGGCCCGUCUUGGACUGGUUUGCUACCUGCCUCACAUGCUGCCUAAUUCCAACCCGUUUUCCCUCUUUCUUGCACUGUCUCAUUCUGCCACCAUCACCAUCACCAUCACCAUCACCAUCACCAUCACCAUCACCAUCAUCAUCAUCAUCAUCAUCAUCAUCAUCAUCAUCAUCAUCAUCAUCAUCAUCAUCAUCAUCAUCAUCAUCAUCAUCAUCAUCAUCAUCAUCAUCAUCAUCAUCAUCAUCAUCAUCAUCAUCAUCAUCAUCAUCAUCAUCAUCAUCAUCAUCAUCAUCAUCAUCAUCAUCAUCAUCAUCAUCAUCAUCAUCAUCAUCAUCAUCAUCAUCAUCAUCAUCAUCAUCACCAUCACCAUCACCAUCACCAUCACCAUCACCAUCACCAUCACCCUCACCCUCACCCUCACCCUCACCCUCACCCUCACCCUCACCCUCACCCUCACCCUCACCCUCACCCUCACCCUCACCCUCACCCUCACCCUCACCCUCACCGUCACCGUCACCGUCAUCGUCAUCGUCAUCGUCUUUGUUCAUCUCUUUCUCAUGUACCUACUGCACAGACUACAGGAGCAAGCUGACGAGCUUCUCAACAAGGACCAGGUGUAUUUGGCCGCAGAGGCAGCAGCAGGGAUCGUCAAGCCUCACCCGGCUCGCUAGUGCUGAUGGUGGUCGAGGUCGUUUUGCUGCUGCCGCUGCUGCAGCUGGUGGUUAUGGUGUAGACGGCCUACUGAACAACGACCAGGUUGGUUCUGGUAUUUGGCUGCAGAGGCAGCGGCAGGGCUCGUCAAGCCUAACGUGGCUCGCUCGUGUGGUCUCUGCGGCUGCUGAGGGAGGGUGACGAUGGUGACAUGAUGCAGGUUGUGGUGGUUUGGCUGUCUGCUGUUGAUGCUGCUGCUGCGGCUGCUGCCGGUUAUGAUGGCGAGGCGACGCUGAUGGUGUCGAUGCUUCUGGUGCUCAUAUUGUGCUUAUGAUGCCCGUAGCCAAGGUAGUGGUAUUGCUACUGAUCAUGCUGCUGAUGAGUUUACCUGUUUUCCAUGUUUGUUUUCAUGAGUAUAGGAAACAACCCCAGCAUCAUUAAGCAUCCAGCCCAUGUGAAACUUUUAAUGGGAUUGAGGAGAAGUCUAA